AUGGUAGAAAUUAAACUCAAGUCUAGAAUACUAGAAUAUGAUAAAGAAAAAAUCUCACUGUGGUUGUCACUUAAUCGAAUAAUCCUUGCAGUCCGUAGCAAAAAAAAAAAAAAAAAAAGAAUGCGGUUCGUGCUUGUCCAUGGGGUUUGUCAUGGCGCAUGGACUUGGUACAAAGUAAAACCACUCCUCGAGGCAGCCGGUCACAGCGUGACUGCAGUGGAUCUGGCAGCAUCGGGUAUAAGCACAGUCAAAGUCCAAGAGAUUCAGAGUUUAAAAGAUUACGCCAAACCGUUGCUUGAUCUUUUGAGCUCGUUUGAGGGCAGAGAAAAAGUGACUAUUGUUGCUCAUAGCAUGGGAGGCAUAUCGGCUGCUCUCGCUGCCGACAUCUUCCCUAACAAGAUCGCUGCUAUUGUCUUCUUGACGGCUACCAUGCCCGAUACCAAGAACCCGCCUACUUACCCGUUCCAGAAGUUGGUCCCGAGUCGUUCGACACCAGUAGAGUUAUCAGACACCACGUUUCGCAGCUACGCAACACAUGAUCCUCCUCCUCUACAUACUAUUCUUUUCGGACCAAAGUUCAUGGCCAAGAAACUAUAUCAACUGUCUCCGGUCGAAGAUCUUGAACUGGCGAAACUGUUGGUGAGGGAGAACCCGGCUUUGGCAAUAGACAAUCUUGCAGGAACAAGAGCUUUUAGUGAGAAGGGGUAUGGAUCGGUUACACGUGUGUAUAUCAUAUGUGGAGAGGAUGCCUUAAUACGUGAGGAGCAUCAGCGAUUGAUGAUCAACAACUAUCCGCCAAAAGAAGUGAUAGAGAUUAAAGACGCAGAUCAUAUGCCAAUGUUCUCCAAACCUAAAGAAGUAUGUGCUUGUCUACUGGAAAUCGCAGAAAAAUAUACUUGAAUAUUUGUAGUGAUAUGUUUAUAUUGUCAUGGCGUGGAUGAGUCUCUAUGGAUGUUUCCUUCUUUCUGUAAAGACAAGAACAUGUUUGUAAAACAGAGUCAGUGUUUUACUUGAACUAAAACAUGGAUGAAAUAAUCAAA